CUCACGUCUCCCAAAUCUCUUCACAACAUAUGCACCCUCGAUAGAAACUUCCUUUAAUCGUUGUAUACGCUUAAAUUAUCACCAUAUAUAACCACAACCUGCCGCCGAAUCUCUCCGCAAUGGCGCGCAGCCUCGUCAUCCUCCUCUUCCCAAGCCUCACAUAUGCAUACACCACCUUCGAAACCAACUGCUCUAUCCCAACGAACUCGACCAACUUCGUAUCCGCUAACGGCACAAGAGGUACGAUGGAUAUCCUCUGGAGCUGUCUCUUCACAAUCAUCACCUGCACAUGGACAGUUCUGCACCUCAAUGUCCCCGAACAACGAGAAGACCGCAAUCCAGGCAAAUGGGGCACUAUAUGGUGGGCUAUAAAAAGGGGGUGGACAAGCGCAAAAUGGAUGUUGGUCACAGUUCUCGCACCAGAAAUCCUGCUAGCCAAGAAUGUGGGGGAUCUCAAUGCGGUCAAGCUGGAUUUGGAGGAGCUACAAGACUGGGCAGCUCAGGAUGGAGUACCAUGGACCAGAACCCAUUCGCUGUUCGCAAAUAUGGGAGGGUUUGUCAUUCGAAGUAGUGCACCUGAACGGGCUGUAACUACAACAUUUCCCAGGACCGGGACAGCCCGACAAAAGCCUCUACCUCGAACCAGAGAGACAGCGGGCUGGAAAGCAAAACUCCGCCGCAGAAUGGAAUGGAGAUCAAACUCUGAUGUUGCGUUCGCCCCUCCUAAUGCUCAUGAGCAGAAUCCAGCAGAGAGCAAAGAGCCAUCAACGGCCGAGCUCGGUCUAUCUGCCAAUACAUCCUCCCAACCCGUCCUAAUACACCUCCUAACCCAAGAUAUCGUCCUCCUUCGCUCAAAAGGCCUUCUGCCAAAGCUACCCUAUAUUACGCUAGAAGAAAUAAACGACAAAUCCAAAUUCGAUAGCCUUGUGCGAGCCAUUACAGUAGUCCAAAUAACAUGGAUGGUAAUCCAGAUCAUCAUCCGCGCCUUCCGCUCCCUUGCAAUCUCACAACUAGAGGUCUCCGUCCUUGCGUUCGCGACUUGCGCUAUUAUAAUUUACGGUAUAAAUUGGGAGAAGCCUAAGGCUGUGCAAGUGCCUAUAACAAUCAUCUCUUACCCCGGUCCUUUCCCUAAAGACACUAUGGAAAUUGUAGAAAGAGAUAGAGGCGCAGCAGAAAGCUUCUUUAGCGGUUUAAUAUUGAUAGUAGAACAACUCGUUACCUCUCUAGCCGGUAGCAACAGGAUUAGAAAAUGGCCACUUGGCAAACCCAUCCCCAACCUCUACAACCGCGACGUCCCCUGGAUAGAUCGGAUAAUGGGUAUAUCUGAUCUCGGUAUCUCCCAAGGCGACAUCUUCGGUCUUUUCCUCGGCACCACGGUCUUCGGUGCUGUGCACAUCGCGGCAUGGAAUUUCGUCUUCCCUACGCCCGUCGAAAGCCUUUUGUGGAAAAUCGCUGCUGUCUUAUGUACGACGAUGGGUUUGGUUUUCGGGGUUGUCAUAAGAAUCUUGUUUAGUUUUAAUACUGGCUCGUCGGGGUAUAUAUAUGACACCAUGGUUGUGAUUCAAUUCUUUUCAGUCUUUCUGAUCCCGUUGAGUUAUGUGGUUUGUAGGUUGUUUUUGGUUGUAGAGACUUUUAGGUGCUUGUGUUUCUUACCGCCAAGUGCGUAUAUCGCCACCUGGGCGACGAAUGUGCCGCAUAUUGCUUGAGAUCGAUUGUAUUUUACGGGGCUAUAUGAGAUAUGGAUUCGAUAUUAAUAGGUUUGAUGAUGGAAUAGGUAAUAAAAUAAUACUCAAUAAUAUAACAAUCUUUGAUUUACUCG